UUGCUGGACAACAUCUUUGAGAAGUUUGACGAUGCAGUGGAAAGGCACGGAAUGCACAAAUAUCAGCAUGUGGCUGAUUGGUACAUCAUUACCUGCCCACGUGCCGCUCGGCCUUUUGAUGAAAGUGAGCAAUGCAAGCCUUAUCCUUCUGAGUAUGUUGCCAGCCUCGCGCGGUUGGCCAAUGAAUUGCGUGACAUCACGCGUACUUACAAGGUGGAGGAGCACCAGCUCAAUCUGAAGAUUGGAAUUCAUUGCGGGGAUGCUGCCGGCGCUGUGAUUGGGAUUCAUAGGGCUUUCUAUUGUGUGUAUGGUGACACGACAAAUACAGCAGCAAGGAUGUGCAAAUACGCAGAACCCAAUCAGAUAUUAUGCACGCAGGAGGUUGUGGAGCAGGUCAAAAGUGUAGAUAAGAACUCGAUUAGCUUCAAGUCAUGUGGUGAAAAAUCAAUCAAGGGUAAAGGUAUCAUGGAGGUUUUU